AUAUAAAAUAAAAUAAAAUAAAAUAAAAUAAUAAACCCUAAUCCUUUUUCAACUCCCUCGGCAGAGCAUGUGCUUUCUUUGCUCUUUUAUUUUAAUGAAGAAAGCACUCUCCCUUGUUUUUCUCUGCCCCACCGUCGCUUUCUCAUGCUUCGCCGUCGCCGGCCAUUUUCUGUCUUGCAUUACUCACCAUGCCAUGGGAUCCUGCUCCACCCUCGCCAUCAUUUCCAGCUCGCCCACUUCCUGCGGCGUCGUCUCCAAUCAUGCUAGCCUUCCUCCUCCCUCACCACCUCCGCAUCGGAAGUGUCGAGUAGACCCACGAGAUCUCCAACGAACGAACAGCUGUUCUUUCUCCGAUGUCCACAGCAGCUGAGAGGGAAACCCUGGUUUGAUGCUAUCACUCCCUAGCUCCGCUAUGCAAUUGAUGGACUGGACGAUGGAAUUGAGCUUGUCGGGGUCGCUCUGGGUCUUGAGACCUCGGUCUUGGUCAGAGAUGAGCCCGAGGAGGCGCUAGUUGGCCGCCGAUCGUGAUUGGUCCGCCAUAGAGGGGCAACUGAUUUUAGGGAUUGCUCCUUCCAGAAAGACGGAUAUAGUUUUGGGGGAUUUGUUGGUGUUUUGAAAUUGGAGCGCAGUUCGGAGGAGACGUGGUCACCGGGUGAUGGCGAGAAGGAGCGGCGAUUGAAUCAACGCAGAGGUGGUGGAGGAGGAGUGGAGGACGACUAGGUUGGGUGUUUGAGAUGAUAGAAAAUUAUGUUUUUAAAUUUUUUAAUAAAAAUGAGGUGAAAAC